AUGAAAUUGAAAGUGGCACUGACCGAGGCACACAAAAAUAUUCGCUUAUCGCAACUGACUGAGGACGACGAAGACUAUGAAAGUGACAUUCCGUCGAGUGAGGAUCGAUUUAGAAUCAGUCCUCGACCGAUAGGCGACGUUAAUUAUGGCGAGUUGGCGAGAAGCAUGAAAGACGACGGAAACCUGAAGAAGCUGAAAAGGCUGUCAGACGACCUCAAAAGGGAAAAGGAUGAACUGAGACGAUUGGCUAUGGACACUAAAGAAGCUUUCUCAGUAUGCAUGGGAGAGGUGAGACGGUUAUUGCAAGUUCUGAGAUAA